AUGUUACUCAAUCAUUGGAGGAAAACAUUCAUUGAUACCGAACUAUUAAACACAUGGUUACCAUCGAUCAAGCAGCUUGUUAUAUUGAACGCAGAUUAUUAUCAAUAUCAACUUGUUCAACCGUUAUUAAAACCUUUGGUUUCUGUUAACAAUACAUUACAACAUUUGCAUCUGGUAUUUGAAAGACCUACGUAUUGGUAUCCUUCAAUACUUUCUGAACUCAUUCAUCACCAUAUAUCGGUUCAUACUAUGAUAUUAGAAGUUGAAAAAGGUCAUAAAUUCUAUCCGAAUGAUCGGAUGAAAGAUUUACAUAAGAUGGAACCAUUGUAUUGGCCAAAUACAAAUCAACUAACAUUAAGUAUUCAACAUUCCAGCGAACUUAUUCUCCUAUUGAAACGUGGUGCUCUACCUGCAAUUGAACAUUUAAAUAUUACUAAUGAGGAGAUACGUACUGCUUUGCCAUUGCGUCAACAUAUAUCAGCAUCAAAUAUUCAUCUUUGCGAAUAUAAUCUGCGUGAGAUAGCUGAUGGUACUCGCUUGCGAACUUUACUUUUACGUUAUAUAACUCUCAGCGAUAUUAUUAUAUUGAUUGGCUCAUUAACCAUGCCUUUGCUUGAAAAAUUAAUACUUAUUGAUUUGUAUGAUCAUACAUUAGAUCAUGUUGAUAAGUUUCAGAAACUUUGUGGUUCUACUCAUCUACCUUCUUUGAAAAAGCUUCAUUUUUCAUUGUGUUUUCCUCAAGAAAUGAAACAAGCAUGGCAAAUGAGGUCAUUCAAUUAUAACGGCAAAUGGCCUUUUGACAAUCUUGUCUGUUAUAUAGAUGAGAGUUGGAUUUCUACUGAUGGUGGAACAGAUUUUAUGACGAAGACACUCUUCAUCGUCUAUACGCGCCCAAUCUACAUAAUAUUACAACAUAAGCGAACUUUACACAAUCAUCGUUUUGCGACACAUGCAGCUGUCCCUAUCAUUACAACUCAACGACGGUCACUUGAAGUGACUUAUGAUCAAACAGAUGAACCUGAACAAUUAGUCAAAACUUUGCAAGUAGUUGCAAGUAGUCGAGUUGAUAAAUUUCAAUUGAUAUGUCUGAAUAAACAAGUAAACCCAUCGAUGACAUCAGAUUAUUGUUCUAGUUGUAACUUGUUGCUUUAUUCUCUACGAUCUAUGUCUUUUAACUUUAAAUCAAAAUCAAUCAAAAGGUCAGAUCGUGUUUCUAUCGUUAAACAAAUACUUAAUAUCAUACCAAAUCUGUCACAUCUUGAAAUCGAAUGGGAAGAUUUUCGUCAUUGUUCACAAACAUAUUCAAAUUUAAAACAUGUACAUCUCGUACUAGAUCGAUUUUAUCCCGAACCUAAACAACAUUUUAAUGUUCGUCGAUUAACUCAAUUAGCACCUCAUCUACAUUCUCUCGAAACAAGCAAUGCAAAUAUUAUGUUCCAUGAAAAUCUUGUUGAAUUUGUUUUGAAAAUUAUUCGUCAAUUUCAUCAAUUAGUGCAUUUAAUACUAAAUAAAGAUAGUCUUUAUCCAUCCAAAGAAGAAAUAAAAACUAUGUUCAAAGAAAAAUUAAUAUCCACUGUCUUAUUUGAAUUUAAAAAUCGUGGAAUACCAUCCAAAAUGGCUAUGGUACCGGUAAAAGCCAUUUUUCUCAACACAGAAAAGAAAAGGAAAACAACCGAUCCGUAGCGUUGUGAGGGAUGGUAUGAUGAAUUGAAUAAGAUAAAAUAUUUGACUUCAUCACUUAUGUGGAAAAACUAGAUUGCUUUACAAAACCGAUCCAUACAUAGUACAAUCGAUGCGAUUUGGAGCGCCACUACCAAUAAAGUUUUGAGUCUGGAGUCGAUUUAACAAUUCAUCUAGACUCAGUUUUUGAUGCUGAAUCUGACAAAAAUAUUCUCAGAAGCAUAAGAAAAGCACGAAGCAAAAUAUAAGGCAUAUUUUGGAAAAAAUGUGUUUUUGAAGAAUUUGACAACCUUCGAGUUUUUCGUAUUUUUCGAUCAGAAAAAGGUAUUUGUGUGGGGUAAAAAGUUGUUUUCGGGAUCAGUAACUCACACUCUAUCAAAUGAUGUGAAAAAACGACAAAAGAAAUUUUUUACUCGAAAUUUGCAUUACGCGCACCUUGGUAUAGAAGAUAAUGUGUAAUAAAUAAAAUAUUUUAUACUAUUAGAGAUGUGGAAAAAGAUUCUAUAUUAAAGAUUAUACUGAUCAAGUUCGAAUGUUCAUUUUGAAAUCAUGUUCUAUCUGUUCUACUAUAUGGGAAUGAGUAACUUGACUGAUACCCCAAGAUACAGAAUAAGAAAUAAUAUUAUUCCACGAAGUAGUAUGUAAUGAAUUUUAUACGAAAUGAAAGCUCGUCAAAAAUGGGAUCUAUCGAUAACAAAUAGUAAUGGUUUUCUAAACUUUGUAAUGUCGAACUUAAGAUAAAAUAGCUCUUGUUCAUCAUUUCUACUACCUCACAUGUUUCGAAAUGUAUUCAAAAGAUACAACGUGGAAAGGUGAAUCGAAUAAGUGUAUUUCGAAACAUGUGAGGUAGUAGAAGUGAUGAACAAGAGCUAAUUUCAUGGAAAAAUCUUUACCAAAUACAAAAAAUGAUGCAGAAGAUAUCCCUACCCAAGAAAACUCGAUCUGCAAAAAUCUUUGCAGAAUCUGUAAAGAUUCUGCAAUCUGCAGUUUUUCUGCAAUGCAGAUGUGCCAAGAUUUGGCCAAAGAUCUGAUGCAGAUCUGCAAUAAAAUCUUUACAGUUUCUUUGCAGUUUCUCUGCAGAUUCUUUGCAGAAAAACUGCAGUUUUUUGCAGAUUUUUCAGCGCGCUGUGGGACUGUGGGAUAUACAUUUAUUUCAUAUAUUUCAAAUGUUUUGACACAAAUAUACAAACAAAAAAAAGCUGUAAAAAUCUGCAGUUUCUCUGCA